CUCAUUCAUGCAGUAUCUCUCAUAAGAAAAACAAAUAUUAUCAUUAAGAAAAUGAAGGCGACUGCAGGGGAAGCAUACCCAAGAAAAGGGGCUAACAGAGGGCUGUCUGUACUGGACUUGUUCUUCAGGAUUAUUUCUGCUGUUGGAACCCUGGGGAGUGCCGUGGCCGUGGGGACUACUGACGAAACACUUCCAUUUAUCACGCAGUUCUUCCGAUUUCGAGCUAGAUAUGAUGAUAUUCCUUCCUUCACGUUCUUUGUGAUUGCCAAUGCCAUUGUGUGUGGCUAUCUUGUUCUUUCUCUUCCCAUAUCUAUCUACCAUAUUAUCAGGAGUAAAGCAAACAACAGUCGUGUCAUCUUGAUCAUCUUUGAUGCGGCCAUGCUGGCUCUAGUUACAGCAGGAGCUUCUGCAGCUGCAGCUAUUGUAUACUUAGCACACAAGGGUAACACCAGCACCAACUGGUUUGCAAUUUGCCAGCAAUUCAAUUCCUUCUGCAAGCGCAUCUCUGGAUCACUUAUCGGCUCCUUUGGUUCCAGCGUUCUGCUCGUUCUCACCAUCACCACAGCUGCUAUUGCCAUCUCUCGACGCUGAUGCACUAUUCAUCCAAGCAUCUCUCCGUUGAUGUAAUAUCUACUGUUUGUAUUUGAUCCCCCUCUACAUGGUAGUUUGCUUGAUGAUUUUAAAUUAUUUAGUUCUGUUCCUUUACAUAUGCCUAUAGCAAAAAAGGACUAUGGAAUGUUUAAAUUGUUAAUUGUGUUUCCAGGCCUUAUGUUUAGGCACUGGAAGGUUGCAAUUGAGUUCAAAUCUCAUCUCAAGUAUCAUAAUAAAGUGUGUGUAAUGUC